UUUCCUCUUCGCAGACGCCGCCCACCAGCGCCAGUAAACCGUGGGGAAUCAUCCCGUUGCCGCCGGCACCGCCUCGCCGUCGCGCAGCCAUGCUCCGCAUCCGCAACUCCAUCCUCGCCCGUCUCCUCUCGUCUUCCCCCGCCUCUCCCAUCUUCCCACUGCACCGCCUCCUCUCCACGGCCGCGGCCGCCGGUCCACCGAAGCCUAGCUUCGCCAUCCAGGAGUACCUCGUCGAGACCUGCGGCCUCACCCGAGCGCGAGCCCUCAAGGCCUCCGCGAAGCUCUCCCACCUCAAGUCCCCUUACAAGCCUGACGCCGUCCUCGCCGUCCUCGCCGGCCUCGGCCUCUCCGGCGCCGACAUCGCCGCCCUCGUCGCCAAGGACCCGCUGUUCCUCUGCUCCGGCGUGGACACAACUCUGGGACCUAAUAUCGUCGAGCUCACCGGCCUCGGCCUCUCACGUACUGAGAUCGCGUGCCUCGUCUCGCUCGUCCCCGCCUGCUUCCGGUGUAAAUCCAUCGUCUCCAACCUACCCUACUACCUGUCGCUCUUCGGCUCCUACGAGAACCUCCUCCGCCUAAUCAAGAAUAACUCCAGUAUCCUCCGAGCCAGCCUCGCGAAGAAGGUCAAGCCCAAUGUUGCGUUCCUGCAGAAUUGCGGGCUAGGUGCUUGUGAUAUUGCCAACCUGUUCAUUGGUACGCCAUGGGUAAUUGGCAUGAAACCAGAGCGUUUACAGGCGAUGGUGGCAUGUGCCCAAGGCCUCGGUAUACCCUGUGGGUCUGGGAUGUUCAGGCAUGCCAUGAGUGCUGUUAGAUUUCACAGCGAGGAGGAUGUCGCUGCCAAACUGGACUACCUGAAAAAGAUGUUCAGGUGGUCGGAUGCCGAGGUGGGCAUCGUUGUGUCUAAGGUCCCAUACGCGCUGGUGAGGCCGAAGAACAUGCAGCGCAGGUCAGAAUUCCUCAUCUCUGAGGUGGGGCUGGAACCGGCCUACAUUGCUCAUCGGCCGGCAUUGCUCACUUGUAGCUUGGAGGGCCGGCUUAGACCCCGCUAUUAUGCCGUGAAGUUUCUCAAGGAAAAUGGAUUGCUCAAGCGUGAUCUAAGCUACGAUACAGUUGUCAAGCUCACCGAGAAGGUAUUCAUGGAAAAGUUCAUAUGCCCUCACAAGGAAGCUGCGCCGCACCUUGCGGAAGACUAUGCAACUGCUUGCAGAGGCGAAGUGCCGACUAGAUUCAGAUUUGCAUGAACCAAGAACAGGCAUGGAAUUUGGCAACUGCGUAUGACACAGCAUAAAUUUUUUUGCCUGUGUAUUAAGCAUGUAAUUCCUGAUUAGGUGUUCUUUCCCUUGCUCAAUGGUGGCUUGGUCUGUUAAGUGCUGGUUUGGAAACUGUUACUCC